AUGGACGCAGCGUCGGUACUCGACCAAUACGUCCAGGACCUGGCGAACCUGCCGUCCGAGGUCGCACACAUCCUCGAAGAGGUCCGAGACAAGGAUCUCAAGUUCUAUGAGACCCGCAAGCGCAUCCAACAACGCGACAACCAGAUUCACAAAUUCAUCAGAGCAAAUGGCUCCCUGGCAGAAAACCCAAAGGAGCAGGCGGCAUACCCCAAAAUACGCCAGGACUUCCAGACCGCCAUGGAGCUUCAGGACGAGAAAUGCACUCUGGCAGCACAGGCGCUGACCCUAGUGGCAAAACACGUCAAGAAACUGAAUGACGACAUCGACAAGCUGGAUGCCGAGGGUCUGUUGGGUGGCGCGCCACCACAGAAACCUAUUUCAGCCAACAGAUCGCGUGCCACGUCAUCAGCCACUCCUGCACCGGAACCCCCAUCCCGAAACUACACAAGAGACAGAGCCAACAGUCGAAGAGGCGGUUCUCCAGCGGCCAGUCGGUCUUCUACUCCUGGAACACGACCGCCAAAGAAGCGAGCGACUGACAAGAAUAACGAGGCUGCAUCUAUGAGCAAGGAGUCGUCUGUGGGUGCCUCUGAGCAGCUCCGAAACAUGCCUGAGACGGUGGCGGUGGGAUCUCUGGAUGCUGCUAUUCGAGCCGGACCUGGGGAAGAUGACGAGGUGCUCUACUGUUUCUGUCAGCAGCCGUCAUUCGGAGAAAUGGUUGCUUGUGAUAACGAUGACUGUCAGUACGAAUGGUUCCAUUACGACUGUGUGGGUCUGGCAGAGCCUCCCCAGGGAGUCUGGUUCUGUCCUUCAUGCUCCAAGGGACGAAAGGGUGAUAAGAAGAAGCGUUAA